CGGUUUUAGCCGCGGCCGGUUCACGUGUUCUUGUGCCGCGAUUCUUUACGUUCAUGCCAUAUAAUCGUCAUGGUGAUGGUGAAGAUUAUCAUUCUAAUCUUUUUUCUUUUUUGUUUUGGUGAUGCAGCAUAUUUCACGAUUACGGAUGUAAAAUUGACGAUCAGCAUUCAUAACAAGUUGUUGCCGAGCGAUCGACCUGUUAUCACAAUGUUCGCCCGAGAUUUUGGUUCCAAAAACGGCACGUUUCUAAGAUAUUCAAUUAAUGAGACCAACGGAUACUUACAUGUGUAUCCUCCACGUGGCGAUGUACUUUUCACGAAUGAUUUCCAUCAGGGAAAAGGUGUUGGAUCAAUUUCGGCGACAGUUUCGGUGGAUAGUGUGGAGGGGAAGAACGAUACGCAUUUAAUGGUAAACGUCGUGCCGAUGGAUAUAUUCGACUGCGACGUAAUUGUCGAGGACCUCUGUUACUUCGAAGAGGCGAACUAUCGGAUAAUGGAGGAGGAAAAUCCCACCAUUAUCGGACCUUUAGCGUCUUCUUAUGUCUGGGAACUUUGUCCGAAAUACAAGCUCACUUACAACAUGCCAGAAAACUCCCUGUUGAAGCUUCACCCCCCGACUGACACGGGGAAAUACUGGUCGUUGGGAACGUCCCGUCCAUUAAACCGGGAAAAAGACGGUUACAGUACAAACAUCAAAAUCACGUGUGUCGCCGAAAACGAACAAGGAACCGAGAGGAAGUUGGAACGAAUCAUUUUUCUUGACAUAUUGGACGUCGACAACAACGCUCCGUAUCCGCAGGAUCAGGAUAAGCACUUCAAUCUCACGUCGAGGGUUUACAAAAAGGGCAAUCGAAUUGAUGCUCAGGCUAUUUUUUUGGACGUUGAUUCGGAGAACGUGAACAAUUUUGAAGCGACGAUCUUGGGGUCAGCACAAGCUCAGCUUUUCCGCACCGACUGCAAAUCUAGACCCGACGACAGGAACAACAAGAGUCGCACCAUUUAUUACUGCGACUUAGUUUUUCUGAAGGACAAACAUUUUAAGGAGGAUGACUAUUCAGUUAUGAUUCUUCUGAAUGAUACAACUUUAGUGAAGAAAAAUGUUAAAUCGGCAAACAUGACAAUCCAUUUUCAUUUCAACACUCAACCAGCCAACAUGAAAAUCCGUCGCCUCUACCCACGAAAAGAUAUAAAGGUGUUCAGAACGGCCGGACCGUUAGCGAGGAUUACCCAACCCACCGAUCCCACGGGCUGCACUCAAUUCAACAUGGUGGAGAAAAAUACGAGGGACAUCUUCAACAUAACCAGAGAUGGAAUCGUGUUCGUACACUCGGUGGAGAAUCUAAGAAACGCACCCGAAUUCGUCCAUUUGAACGUGACGUGGACGAAGAACGGGAAAGUGGAGUACGACGAGCUGCCGGUCCGGAUUGUGGACGAGUCGUCGAAAAGUUGCGAGGGUAUCGGGAGUUCCACGGCCGAUUGGGCGAUAUGUUCGGAAAGCAAAAGUGCCCACGAAUGCCUUAAUUCAAGUCUGUGUGCCAUCGCGACUGGCGGAGCGGAAAGCGUCCGGACACGGAAUAACUCCGAGAGGUGCAUGUGGAGGGGGGACAAAAAUCCUGGUAACGAGGAGACUCACCUUUACGCGACGUGCACCCCGGAUUCAUCGACCUGCCCAGACGGCAAAUGUGACUCUUUGGAGGAAUUGAACCGGAAUAUUUGUCCCCAAGAUUGCACCUAUGAUGUGUUGUUUCCAACGAAAAGGGGGGCGAGCGGUAGAGGGAUAGACAGUGCGACAGGAGUUUGCACGUGCAACAGGUCGGCGAGAUGUAGCUGUGAUAAAUGGAAACCGAAGAAGAAGGGAAAGAAAACCACCACCACAACAACCACUUUAGGGCCGAUCGUUGUGGAAACUAACAAACAAACAGGUCCGGAGAAUUCACGUCAAUCCGUGCUUGGGGCGAAUCUGUCGAAGUGUGGGACGCCGUGUGUCCUGGGCAUCAUCGCCGGGACGUUGUUCCUCACCGGUGCUGUCGCUCUCGUCGUCAUCUGUUGGCGACUCGAUCGCGUUAACAAAGCUGUCAGAGGAAAAUACAGUGACGAGAGUCAGGACAUCACCGCCCCACUUUCCGAUUACGUGGACAGAAACAACCAAAACGAACCGAUGAGUUUGAAUUUUCACAUGACCACAUCACUUGCCGACGCAGCUACGAGGAACAUCAUCAACAAAUACGGGCCCGAUCCGAAAUGGGAGUUUCCAAGGACCCAACUAGUGAUAGAACAGACACUCGGAGAAGGAGAAUUUGGAAGGGUUUUACGUGCCAAAGCCCUUAACAUAGCAGGACAAAAAGGUCACACUGUCGUGGCAGUGAAAACUUUAAAGGAUGAUGCGAGAGAAUCGGAACUAAACGAUCUUUUAUCUGAAUAUCAAUUGCUAAAAGAAGUUUCUCAUUUAAAUGUGAUAAAAUUGUUGGGAGUUUGCACCAUUCCUGGAGGACCCGUCUAUCUUAUCAUCGAGUUUGCUGAACACGGUUCUUUAAGGAAUUACUUGAGAAGGAGCAGACACAUAAAAUCGGAAAGCUUGCGACUUCCGUCAUCGUUAGUGAUAGAAGAACCAGCGGAAAUUCAUUACGAUGAACCAAACGAAUGUAAAGUCACGCCUAAAGAAAUCUUGUCCUUUGCAUGGCAAAUCUCAAAUGGAAUGGCUUACCUCAGCGACAUUAAACUUGUACACAGAGAUUUGGCUGCUCGAAACGUGCUGCUGACGAAAGACAAAGUCUGUAAAAUUUCAGAUUUUGGCCUUACAAGGGACAUUUACGAAGACAACGCGUAUUUUAAACGCAGCAAAGGACGGGUACCGGUUAAAUGGAUGGCUCCCGAAUCACUCUCCGAUCACAUUUAUACCAGCAAAUCUGAUGUUUGGAGUUACGGCAUUUUGGUUUGGGAACUUGUUACUUUGGGCGCCACUCCUUAUCCUGGAAUUGCCGUUCAGAACCUCUUCCACCUGAUACGGCAAGGAUACAGAAUGGAACGACCUGAUAAUUGUUCUCCGGCUUUAUACAAAGUGAUGAGAAGUUGUUGGCAUCCGGAUCCUGAAGGAAGACCUUCGUUCCAUGAACUUUCAAAGACCUGGGAAAAGAUGCUGGAAGAUGGAAACAAUUAUCUGGAUUUAUCCAACAAUUCCAUUCAUAACCGAAGCUAUUUUUGCUCACCUUUUGGUCUUAAUGAUGAAGAAAAUGACUAUUCCCCAAAAGAAAACGGUAUCAAUCCCUUGAACUAUCUGACAAAAUCGAUGUCGUACGAAAAAUGUGGUGCAUCCGACAAACUGAUCAACCAGAACACUGAAAUAGAAGAAAACAUUUCGGAAAUUUUACAGAACAACAACACAAAAGGGUACGAAACACCUGUUAAAGUACCUAAAUUACAAACCCCGGACAAUGAAUGUCCGACCGGUUACACCGAUAUGCAAUCUGGAAAAAUUAAAUGAAUGGAAGAAGAAAAGACAUGAUACAAAUUUUGAUAAACAAUAAUGUAAAAAAGGUUGUAAUUGACUGAGUUUAAUCUAAUUGGAUUCGACUAAGAAUUGCUUUAAUGUGCACGUGCGAUUUUAUCAUUAUGACUUUUGUAAUAUCUGAUCGAAUAUCAAAACUAUAAUAUUUUUAUAACAGUAGAUGAAUUAUAUCAUAAUGGAUAAUAUUUUUGAAGUCGUACACCGAAGUUAUAGCUUUGUAUACAGGGUGUAAGAAAUAUGAAUUUUAACAGUUUAAGAAAUAUUUUUGUAACUGUAAUUAAAUCAAUUUUAACAAACACAUUAAACACCUUUUAUGAGAUUUAACACAAUAAAACUUAUCUUAAAAGUAUUCUAAACAAAUUUAUUACAAACGUAAAAUUGUUGAACAAAAAAUUAAAAUAUCAAUUUUUUCAACUGUAUGCUUAUAUAAAUAGUGAAUUUAACUAUAUGUGUUUAUUAUUUUGUGAUAUUUUUAUUUGUAUAGUUGAUUCUUAGCUUUUAGGUAGUUUGGAUAAAAAUAAAAGAAAAAAAUUAUUAAAUGUAGUGUGAUGAACUAGUUUUUGUACAUAUGUUUAAGGACCUGAAUUGUUAUUUGUUGUAAAAUAAUAUUUAAAAGACUGCUUGAUAUUAUAUGUAUCACGGAAUUAAAAUAAAGGAUGUAUUUAAUGUA